AUGGCUGAGACACGUGGCGAUUUUGGAAAGGCUGUAGUUAAAGCUGUGCAUAAAAUCUUUAGCAAAGAAGUUAUUAUACGUGGGUGCUUCUAUCAUUUGGCACAAUCAACUCACAGACAAAUUCAAGCUUUAGGUCUAGAACAAUUAUACCGUGAAGACCCUAACUUCACAAAAUUCUGCGGAAUGUUAGAUGGUUUAGCAUUCUUACCUCUAACAGAUGUUGAACAAGGAAUGUCGUAUUUGCAAUCUAUUAUGCCUGAUACCACCUUAGAUUUAGUUGAAAAUAUUCUACAUAUAACGGUAUUGAAAACCAAUGUAGCCAAACAAAAAGCUAUACGACCGCUUGGCUUCGACUGUGUAUCGUAUGUGGCCGACUCGCUCGGUCUGUCUGUGAUCUACUCGAUCUCUUCGCUGAUGAUCACCUUCGCCGAGCGGCUGUUCACCGGUCAUUUGUCUGACCCGGCUCGCGUGUCCGACAUAUUUGCCAGCCACGCCGUAUGACCUGGCGCCAUAAUCUUCCAGAACAGUCAUUACGUGACCGAGGCAUCGAGACCGGUCACGCUGAACGUUAUCUACGUGGGCGGUAUACACCUAAAACCUGCCAAAAUAAUACCGAAAAUGAGUGAUGGAUAAAUUGCCGACAUAUUAGAUUUUAUCGAAAAUUCACCCCAAGGAGUGAUUUUCUUCACGUUCGGUUCCACAAUUAAAGUGUCAUCUUUGCCGGGACACAUUGAACAGUCGUUUAAAGAAGUGUUGGCUAACAUUCCUCAGAGAGUUUUGUGGAAAUACGAAGGUGAAAUGAAGGACAAACCGAAAAACGUGAUGACGAGAAAAUGGUUCCCUCAACGAGAUAUACUAUUACAUCCCAAAGUGAAACUGUUCAUCAGUCACGGAGGUAUGUCCGGAGUGUAUGAAGCUGUGGAUGGCGGUGUUCCCGUACUGGGAUUUCCAGUAAUUUACGAUCAGCCGAGAAACAUUGAAAAUUUGGUCCUCAAUGGAAUGGCUAUAUCCAUGGACCUGUUGUCGACGACCAAAGAAAAUCUGUCCUAUGCCAUUUCGGAGCUCAUCAACGACGAAAAAUAUGUGAAAAAUGCUAAAAUUGCUUCCAACCGUUUUAAAGAUCGACCGAUGACACCACAACAGUCGGUCGUAUAUUGGACAGAGUAUGUAAUCCGUCACAAAGGCGCGCCACAUUUGAAAUAUCACGCUCUGAACCUCACUUGGUAUCAAUAUCUCAUGUUAGAUAUAAUUGCUGUACCGUUGAUUUUUGUUUUGCUAGUCGCAUUUGUUGUCUUUAAGGUUUUUAAAUGUAUAAACAUUUAAAAAAAAGAUAAAGUUAAAACUCAGUGAGUCUGGUAGUCAACGUUUGUUAUAGUGAUAACCAAAAUACUGCACUAUUCGUGUAGUGUUUAUCUUUUACUAUUAUCACUAUUAUUUUUAACAAUGUUAUUAUAUACAUUUUUAAUACUAUUAUUAAUAUUUUGAUGUAUAUGAGUUAUGGUUGUUGUGUAUCCGGCAGGCGGCAAUAGACAAAUUACUAAACUAAAUAUAAGUACAAUCGAAAAGAAAAAGUGCAUCAAAUAAACAUUAUAAAUUAGA